GCCAGUGUGAGUGCGUCUCUCGCGGCGGCGCUAUGACAACGGCGGAGCGGGUAGCGGUUUCAGGUUGAAGGAAGAUGUCUUUGUUUAAAGCUCGAGACUGGUGGUCCACAGUUGUAGGAGAGCAGGAGGAAUUUGAUCAAGGAUGCUUAUGCGUGGCAGAUGUUGACAACAGUGGAAAUGACAAAAUUAUUGUUGGCGGUUAUAAGGGAAUUCUGCGUAUCUAUUCUCCACAGCCUGCUAAACCUGGAGCAGCACAUCAUCCAGAAGAGUUAAUCCUAGAGCUUCAACUGCAGGAUCCUGUAUUGCAAGUAGAAGUUGGCAAAUUUGUCUCAGGUACAGAACAACUCCACCUGGCUGUUUUGCAUCCAAGAAAGUUGUCUGUCUACGCUUUCUCAGGAACUAUGGGUACCGUAGAGCAUGGAAACCAGUACCAGCUGAAACUAAUGUAUGAGCACAAUUUUCAACGUACAGCUUGUAACUUAACAUUUGGAGGUUUUGGUGGUGUGAAAGUUUACCUUGUAGUGUUGGAAGGAACAAUAAACACUCUUAUUGGGAACCACAAUAACAAACUGCUGAUAUACCAAGAUGUAACUCUGAAAUGGGUUGCACAGCUUCCUCAUGUUCCUGUGUCUGUACAUGUUGCAAACUUCCAGGACUUGAAGGGAGUAGUGGUGACUUUAAGUGAUGGUGGCCAUUUGCAGUGCUCAUACUUGGGCACGGAUCCUUCCUUCUUCCAGGCUCCAAAAGUGGAAUCUAGAGAACUGGAUUAUGAUGAAAUGGACAAAGAAAUGAAAGAACUUCUCAAGGUCAUCAGGGAAGCUACAAAAUCACAAGAUAUUUUGCAUAAGGCUGAAAAUGAUGAUGACUUGAAAGUUGCUGUUUCCGUCGCCCCAAGCCUGGAUGUAAUUUCUCAGGCAGCUGACAACACUGUAGACAUUGCAGUUCCUUCCAUCUCACUGAAGGUCACAAUUUGGAGCCGAUUUUCUGUUCACGAUGUGAAACUAUCUGUAUGUGUGCAGUCUCCACUGGCAGUAACACAAGACCAACUUCGCUUUGCUGCCAUAGAAUCUGGAACGUCAAGAGAUGUAACAUUGUCUGUUUUCCUAAAAGAAAACUUCCCACCUGCUGAUCUAGGAGGAGAUGCUGCUGUUUCCUAUAGUAUACCAACAGGUGUUCCUCGAAUUGUACGGUGUACUUUUAGCUUGCCACUGAACUUAAUUUGUCAACCAAUACAACCAUCUAAGAAUGCUGUUCACAAAAUAACAAUUGAUACUAACCAGCCACCUGUAAGUCUCUCGACAAUUUUUUCAGAUUUUCUUGGAGAAUCAGAUGAUGAGCAGAUAAACGUUUUAGGAUUUAAAUUACUCUCAGGGGCAACAAUUACACUUCUAGCCUCAAAGACAUCAAGUCGGUACAGAGUCCAAUGUGAUCAAUUUGAAGACAUCUGGCUAAUAACAAAAGAACUUAUUCAACGUUUAGAAGAAUAUUUUGUGAGGGAAGGAACCAAAGACUUCAGGUGCAUGUUCCCCGGACCUCUUCCUUUGCAGGAAUACUUUCAACUAAUCGAUCGCCAUUUUGAGUUGCGGAUAAAUGCUGAAAAGUAUAAGGAGCUUCUUUCAGAAAGGGCUGUGCAGUACAGAGCUAUUCAACGCCGACUUUUAACGCAUUUCAAAGACAAAACUCCUACACCGCUACGUAACCUGGAUACUCUACUGGAUGGAACAUAUCGACAGCUUACAGCUCUAGCUGAUGCUGCAGAGGAGAAUCAGGCCAACUUGUACCAAGUUUUCACCAGGCUGAAGAGUGGCACCCAUUUGUUGGUUCAAUUGAUUGGCCUGUGGCAAAAUUUGAGCCCUGAUGAGAUGACCAUACUGAAGGCUACAUUUCUACCACUGAUGCAAGAUAGCCAGGAAUUAGGUUGGGAGGAAUGUGUGGAUGCAGCAGUUACUCAUUUACUGAGGACCUGUCUGUCAAAAAGCUCCAGGGACCAGACGCUGAGCUUGACAAGCCAACUGAGUAUGCCGAAAGAUACCAACAGAUUAAAAAAACAUAUUACCCUACUGUGUGACAGACUAAGCAAAGGAGGUCGGUUGUCUUUAACUACAGAUAGUGCACAGCAGGCAGCUACAAUCUCAGGUUGCCAAACUAUCCCAGAGUCAGAGCUAGAACAGAGGAUGACAGAUUCUGCUACAGAUGAAACAUCCCCCUGACCAUAUGCAUAUAAUGCAGAAGUCGCCAAAGUCUGGUCAUUCCCUGGAUACUAUAGAAGACAUCUCUGCAAUUCUUGAAGACAGAUAGAAACAGACCACCAGCUGGUCUUUGCUUUUCACAGCUUCUGAUUUCCAGACUCGGGAACGUGCUGUCAGAGCCAAAUCAGACUGCAUAUGUAUGAUCUUCAUAAAAGUAACUGUGUAAUGUCCCCUAUCUUGUUCUUUAGCCAAAAUGGAGCUUAUUUAAUAGCUGCUCGAAUUUUGGGAGCUUCCAAUAAGUAGUACGUGAUGUUUACCAUUUCAAAGAGUUUCUGGGGCCAAAUGAUUCACUACAUUUACUUAACAUAACUGGAAGAGACUCUGAUCCUUUCGAGUGCGCACACGGCCACACUGUAGACAGUACUGCAUUUAAAGUAAACCAUAUUCUGCUGGGAAAAUUGUUAUGCUAAUAGUGACUGCUACCAAAAUGGCAUUUGAUAUUUCUACACACCCAUAGCUCUGUUUUACUCUUCCUGCUUCUCUGACACUGUGCAUGAAUCCACUACCAUAUUCAUGUUAGAAUUAUACUUUAAUUGUUAUAUGACCUAACAGUGAUGGAUUUACUGCUGUUCUUUAAUACUAAUAGGAUUCUCAGGCAUUUUUCAAAGUUGCAAACUCAUGCAUCAAAUUUCAACAAUUUGUAACAGCCCAGAUGCAUAUGAUGUGCAAAUGAAGGAAUAUACAAUUUUUAAAAAAUAUAUCUUGUGAAAUGUAAAGUUGAUGAUUAAAGAAAUUAAAGUUUAUCAUUAAUCCUA